AUGGAUUUACCAAUCGCAUCUGCCGCUAACCAGGCUCAACGCGAGGAGCAGUAUGCAGUAGUCGAGCAUCGUAAAUUUCAAAAUAUACCCGACUUCAUGCCUACAGUGAUAGCAAUAAGAGAAAAUCUGUUUUCGGUACAAGGACACAGGGGAGAUCUCUCCUGUGACAAAGAGGUGCUGAAUGCUUGGAAAAGAAAAAACAAGACUGCAUUUCAAUUAAUUACGGAUUUCAGGCGAUACGAAAAGGUGGCCAAACUAAGCACAAGGAAUUUUAACCUUGUAAUUAAAAUUAGUGCAGCCCCACACGAGUAUACAACCAAUGGGAAAAUAUCCCAGUAUACUUUUCAAUUCAUCAAGGCCUCGAUGUCUGAAGACGAUAUCUUCACGGCUUUAUCUGAUAUAUUAGAUAAAAAGACGAGGAUAGCGGAUCUGAACAAAAAAGAAACUACACCUGGUGAUAAAAAAGAGGGAUGUAAAUCGUGCGAAGCUUACAAUGAAUUAAUCGAACGUAAUAAACGGGACAAAAAAGAUGUCGACGAAAUUAAUGAAUCACUACGAAGAGAAAUUAAGGCAUUGAAGUCAGAGCUCUCCAAAGCGAAGACAGAACGAGAUUCUUUCAAAGCUAAGUGUGAAAAGCUCCAAAUGACAGUGAAUGCUACGCAGCACUUUGUAGACGAGCUGCAAAAACGAGAGGUUGUAAAUCUGAGACAACACAAAGAGAAUGAGAGGUUGCUAGAAAGCAAAUUAAACGAGUGCAAAGCCAAACUCGAGGAAUACUCGGACAAGUACCAUAUUGAAUAUAAGCAACCGCAGAUCCAGGAAAACACGGACAGCGCGGGAAAUCAGGAUUCCCCAAAACGCUUGGUAAAAAAGAAGCAGCCGCAUGAGUUGUCAACUUUUUCUGGCGAGAAUGAAUACAGCAUCGACGAGACAAUCCAUAAGGUUUCGCUUGCAUCUGGGUUCUCGUUUGAGCUCUGCGAGUCAGACGAACCAUUUCUUUUCUCGAGUGAACGAGAAGGAGAACCCGUGGAUUCAACGAUUCCUCCGAGCCCUGAGGCGAAUUCUGUUGCAGACUAUGUAAUACCUUUGUCACCCAUCACGCUACAAGACAACUCACCUAAUGAUGUGACCGAGGUCAGACAUUCAACACCGAAAAGAAAAAAUGAAAAGAAAAUGAAGGAAUCAAAAAGACAAAAGAAAGGCGAAGUACAUGGAAGGAGCGCUCCAGAAACUCAGGAAAUCGUUGCAGUUGUAUACUCUACGACUACGACAAAUGAGGAUAUUUUUUUUCUCGGUUCCAUUGUGGAAUCUCUACCGGAGGGAAAAAUUUUGAUUAAGUUUAUGGAACGAAACUAGGGAAAGUUCCGCUGGACAAAAUCUCCCACAGAAGAAACACUGUUCGAAUAUCAGAUUGUCCAGCGGGGCGUAGACCUCACUAUUAAUCCCAACCCUGGGUUUUCCACGAGUCGAUGCCAUCAGGUCAUGCUCAUGCUCGAUGUUUUUCAAGCCUUGUGCCCUGCAUUCGACUGAUGCAAUGAAGCCCAGCAAAGCUGCAGACCACAGAAGGAAGACGCUCCGAAUACCGGCCAUCUCGCAUUGACUAUCCGGGGAAGUGCCCUGUGACAGAGUCACCGGCUCCUCAUGUGAUUUGAGGUCAUCACCGGAAGUGAACUUUUGUACCGGAAGUAAAAUAACUGGUAGCGUUAUUGUUUAGGGAUGAGACACAUCCCAAAAGUAUAAUUUGCUUUAACUCAAAGAAACCAGCCUUUAUGCCAUCGCCUUAACAAAUAAACACACAAAAUAUAAGUGUGUUAAAAUACCAAAUUUAAAAAGGAAAUGGGAAAGUAAGAAGAAGAUAGUAGAUGGUCUUUUAAUAUAAAAGAAAAAAAUAAGAAAAGGUCACAAGACACAAAGCGCAGUCCUGCGCUUACAUAAGCCAAUAAUGAUAAAAUUAUUCACUCCCUGUCGCGCAGGACUGCUCAUGUAUCAGCGAAUCCCGUAUUUAGCGUAAUACCGGAACCCACGUGAACUGGUAACAGAGACGUGGUUCUUAGCGCAGAGCAGAAUUUUACGAGUGUUGCUACUUUGGUCUUGGGACUACACAUCUCAAUGUUAAAGCGAUAAAAGAACCGGAUUUUUUGUAUGUGAACGUGGUGCGCAGUUCUGCGCUCGCCUUAGUAUACAGGGGACAAGCUCUACUGAUAACACAAAAUGCCGACAAACUUGUGAGUGCGACAUAGAUUCGGGAACUCACACGAUCAUCUUGUUAAAGAGACUGCCCUCUUAAAAUAAAGGGUAUUGUAUUCUAUUAACCAUGAUAUGCCGUGGCCUGCCCUCUGUCAGCGACCUUGUUAAGCAUAUCACGCUCGAAUUACCACAAAAGGAUAUUUCAGGUAUUUCUUAGUACAUAGAGGAACAAGCAAAACUAGACCUUCAUUUACUGACUACUACUGAGCUACUAUCACGCAAAAAAACAAGCAAUGACAUUUGUCCCGAUAAAACGCAUAGUUAUUUGCAGAGUAAAAAUCAUUACGGUAAA